AUGAACUCUAGUUACAAGAUUUCGUUAUUAUAUUUUCAUUUCGAUGAGAAAUCUUCCGUUCGGUUAGCAGAAACAAUUAGACAAGUUGCUCAUCAAACGACUCGCCGAUUGAUCGUUGUGCUAGUUUCUCCCGAAUUUGAUCACAGUCAACACGAACACCUGGCAUCUAAAUGGGACUGGAUUCAGAACAUACUUGUGCUCGCAUACGUUCCUGCUGCUCAUACCGCUCAAAUUCGAGACGAUCCACUCUUUAACACUGAUGUCAUAUUGGUACUUGACGCCAAUCAAGCGGCUAGGCACCUUUCUGGAGAGACGUGGGAUGCUAUAUUUACACUCGAAGGAGUACCUGCUCCAAGGCUUGAUGAUGCUCUCCUAACCAAAAAGGCUAACAAACGAUACAUACAAUCAAUAUCCGAGCGAACGGCCAGCGUCCGGUCGUUUGUUCGAAUGUUCAAGCCUUCGAUUGAGUGUGACGCCGUUCCUAUACAAGACGUAUACGGCCCAACUGGAUGGGAUCCCAAUAUCCAAGCCCUGGUUGUCAGUCGUGAGACUCUCGUGGCUCAACUGCGCUCCGAGAAAUCACUGCCCCCUCUGGAUUUAUUUGUCAUUGAUGUUAUAUCGUCCGGCUCCGUCCUGCUUCCAGAGCAAGACACGGCCGUUCUUCGAGAGUCCAAAUUGAGCAGUACGAGCAUUCGUGAAUGGCUAGCUCACAGGGAAGAAUUUCGGAAGAAAUGA